AGUCUUUUUUUUUUUCAGCUGCCCUGCCUACGCCACACAUGUCGAACAAUAGGAGAGAAUCAGGAAACUUUGUAACCUGUGUUCAGCUCUGCACCCCGGGCAGGUAAAGAAGAGACUCUUGGGUGUGUUAUUUAUGAUGUGGCGACUGUGAUAACAGCUUCCAGUAAGUGAGCGUUAUCUGGAGGGCGCAGAUUGCGAAGCAGGAUCAUAAUACGCAGGUCAGGAGCUCGGGCGCAGAUCAACCUCUGGAGCAGACGUGGAACUAUUGCUUCCAAUUUCCCGGCGAUGCACGCAGUAGAUUUCGAGCAGUUAGCAGAAAUAGAACUUCAGAAAGAUGAGGAGGACCUGGUCCAUUUGGGACACGAGGGAACGGCAGUGAAUCGACCAUUGCAAACCCCUGAGGUUCAUCUAAACCACCCAUAUUAUGACAUUGCACGCCACGAUAUCAUCCACGUAGCGGGUGAUGACAAUUUCGGGAGGAAGGUAAUCACAUUUAGCUGUUGUCGGCUGCCCCCCUGCCACGAGAUUGAUCACGUUCGUCUUUUGGAGUAUCUGAAAUACACUCUAGAUCAUUACGUAGAGAAUGAUUAUACGGUGGUUUAUUUUCACUACGGCCUGAACAGUCGGAAUAAGCCCUCGUUGAGCUGGUUACAGAGCGCCUACAAGGCAUUUGACAGGAAGUAUAAAAAGAAUCUGAAAAUGUUGUAUGUUGUCCACCCGACUAACUUCAUCAAAGUGCUGUGGAAUAUUUUCAAGCCAGUCAUAAGUCACAAGUUCGGCAAAAAGAUUUUGUAUAUAAAAUACUUGAGCGACCUCCGAGAGCACCUGAAAUUUAACCGCUUGAUUAUCCCACAAGAAGUGUUGCAACACGAUGAGAAGCUCCGCGCUUCACAGAAAGCCAAACUGCCCUCUUGUCCUGCUAAAUGUCCGCCCCCACGUCCCCCGCUCCCUACCCAACAGUUUGGCGUCAGCCUCCAGUAUAUUAAGAACAAAAACUCCGGCGCACUAAUCCCCCCCGUUAUUAAAGACACAAUCUCCUAUCUGAGCGUAAAAGGACUUCACACAGAGGGCUUGUUCAGACGCUCUGCCAGCGUACAUGUUAUUAAAGACAUCCAGAAGAGUUAUAACCUCGGAAAGCCAGUGAAUUUUGAUGAAAGCGAUGAUCCUCAUAUCCCAGCUGUUGUCCUGAAGUCUUUCCUGAGAGAAUUGCCAGAACCUUUACUGACUUUCGGCUCGUACCAGCGAAUCUUGGAGAUCACUCUGGUGGAGAACGUUUUACGUGUAACCAGGUGUAAACAGAUUAUACACAGCCUUCCGGACGAUAAUUACGCCGUGCUAAAAUACGUCAUGUGUUUUCUUUACGCGCUGUCUCAGGAGAGCAUCAGUAACAAAAUGAGCGCUUCCAAUCUGGCCUGCGUGUUCGGAUUGAAUUUAGCUUGGCCUCAGGAAGGACCCCCCUCUAUUGAUGCUCUAUUACCUCUGAAUGUCUUUACUGAACUUAUGAUAGAAUUCUAUCCUCAAAUCUUCGACUCACGAACGGUCCCCGGAGAAUGCUUGCCCUAAGUGGUGGACAGGAUUGCCAGGUUGCCCAUUACCCAUUUAACCAAAGGAAAACGACUCCCAAAACGGUUUUUAGGAUUCAGAAAUUCUUAUAUAUAUUCCACUGAAUGUUACAAAAUGCUCUUCUUAGAAUAUUGAUGUGUACCUUGAAGUGGCCAUGUCUUCUAAACAUCAGUCAGUUAAAAUGAUAUCCCCAACAGAUUACUAUUAUUCUGACAUUAUUAUAUCUCAUGGUGGAGGAAGACAUUUUGGAAUGCUACCACAAUGGUCAAACCCCGAUAAGGUGUUCAAUGACUGUUACUACUAAUAAUACAAUUUACAAUCAUAAUAAUCUCAACAUGGGAUUUGCUAAAUUGAUCUGAUUGCAUCCCAGCAUUCUGUAUGUACAAGAGGAACAUUUUAGACGCACCUUCUGAUGCAAAGUGCGCAGUCUGCCCAGGAAGAAGCAUUGUCAGAUUAUUUGGAAAUUCUUAUAUAAAUAAAAAAAAUCAGAUUUAGAAAUUGUCAGCACAGGAUAUAAGCAAUGUCCACAAUAUCAAAGGAAGAAGUGAAUAAAAUGUCUGAGGUGGCUACGUACAGUUUAUGAAUUUUGUUACAAACUUCUGUAUUUUGUAUUUAUUUGAUUGCUAUUAUAAUCUGCUUGCCUAUUGACAGACCAUCGAUGCAAAAAGCUAAGUUUCAGAAAUCAAUCAGCGAUGGUUUUUUCCGAACUAUGGUGACACUGUACGUGAGAGUGUGUAAAUAAAUGCUUAUUUUUAUUUG